AUGAGCAUACAUAUGCUGCUGCAGAACGUGAACGAGGAUGUGCUCCGUACUUACGUCUUUUGGGUGACGGUGCUCGUGGUGAAGAUGCUCCUCAUGUUGUUAUUUACCGUGCCGGAGAAGGUAUUUACCAAUUCUUAUCAUUCGACAGUCGGUCACCUUGACCGAGUAAAGCGGGCCCACAAGAAGUACCGGCACUUUAUCGAUCUCAUUUUACCGUAUUUGAUCAUUGGUUUGCUGUACAUACUAACCGGACCAUCGCCGGGCUUCGCGAUCUUCCUGUUCCGGACAGCCGCCAUCUGUCGCAUUCUGCAUACACUCGUCGACACCGGCUUUGUGAUCGCGGAGCCGACCGCCCCUUUGUCUGUGGUGAUCGUCUACCUCAUCACGUUCUACAUGGCCAUCCAAACCCUUUUAUACUUCCUAUGA